AUGACGAUUUUCCACGAUGAAAUAGAAAUUGAAGACUUCGAGUAUGAUGAAGAUGAAGAAAUGUAUUACUAUCCCUGUCCGUGUGGUGAUAGAUUCCAAAUAAGUAAGGAAGAAUUGAUUGCGGGCGAAGAAGUAGCGACCUGUCCAAGCUGCUCCCUCGUGGUUAAAGUUAUAUAUGAUUUGGAUAAAUUUAAAGCAGAAGCAGAUGAACUUCAGAAUAAUCCAGGAGACAAAGAAACUGUGAAAGCUUAG